UCUCUCUCUCUCUCUCUCUCUCUCUCUCUCGUGAUGACGGUGGUCUUGCCUCCACACCGCAUGUGUGAGCGUGUGUAGAUGGCUCAUCUCACCCACAUCACUGGAAACACUGCAGCAUCUUUAUUCUCGCACACAUCGACAGAUCUCUCCGUGUUUCUCCUCCCGUCGCUCCCUGGGUCCGGGUCCGUGUCCGUGGAUCGGUGUCGGUGGACCGCGGCUGCUCAGUGAGAUGCUGCAGCUCUGACCGUCUGGGAUCCGCUCGCUCACACUCUCGCUGUCGCCAUGACGACCUCGGCCCUGCGGCGGCAGGUGAAGAACAUCGUGCACAACUACUCAGAUGCAGAGAUCAAGGUGCGCGAGGCGACCUCUAACGACCCCUGGGGCCCGUCCAGCUCGCUGAUGUCCGAGAUCGCCGAGCUGACCUUCAGCGUGGUGGCCUUCAGCGAGGUCAUGGCCAUGGUGUGGAAGCGCCUCAACGACCACGGCAAGAACUGGAGACACGUCUACAAGGCGCUGACGCUGCUGGACUAUCUGGCUAAAACGGGCUCGGAGCGCGUGGCCCAGCAGUGCCGUGAGAACGCCUUCACCAUCCAGACACUGCGGGACUUCCAGUACGUGGACCGGGACGGGCGUGACCAGGGCGUGAACGUGCGCGAGAAGGCCAAGCAGCUGGUGGCGCUGCUGCGGGACGAGGAGCGUCUGAGGCAGGAGCGGGCGCAGGCGCUCAAGACCAGAGAGCGGAUGACGGGCGGCGGCGGGGUGAGCGGCGGGGUGAGCAGCGGGGUGAGCAGCGGGGCGAGCGGCGUUCCUCCGGCGUACCCCAGCAGACGCAGCAGCCAGCCCAGCAUGAGCGCGCUGUACGGAGAGGACUUCAGCCGCUCCAGAGGAUCACCGACCUCCUUCAACUCGUCCUCCUCGUCUCCUCGAACGUCUGAUCUGGAGCAAACUCGACCGCAGACGAGCGGAGAAGAAGAGCUGCAGCUACAGCUCGCGCUGGCCAUGAGCAGAGAGGACCAGCGGAGCCGUCAGGGGGACGACGCUCCUCUGCAGACAGCUCUGGAGGAGAGUAAAGGCGAGCGAGACUCGCGGCCUUCAGAGUCGGCCAUGAUUGAUCUGGUGGAUGUAUUCGGACCCACGCCUGCCGCGCCAGCCAGCGACGACCCCUGGGACACCCCGCCCACCUGCCCCGUGAACUCUGACCCCUGGGAGUCUGUCGCUGUAGUUAAGUCUAGUAACCCGGUGGCUGAUAGUCCCUGGACGGCCCGCCCUUCUUCCAGUAGCCCCGCCCACCCGUGGGGAACCCACCAAUCACCUCCUGAGCCCUGGGAUGCACCGCCUUCAAACUCCACCUCUAACAUGGAUGAUAAAGCCUGGAGGAGCCCAGCGCGACCAGUGUUGAGUGUGAAGGACCCGUUUACUAUUCCAGAGGAGGAGGAGCUUAGAGUGGAGGGGGAGGAGCCUAGAGCGGAGCAGCCGGGGCCAAACCAAGUUUUCAGCCCUCGCUGUGAGAGUCCUGCAGAUGCCGAUCAGUUCGGCGAGUUGGUGGUGGGUGUUCAAGUGAAUGGACGGGGAAAUGACAGUCCAGAGACCUUUGACCUCUCUCGCCUCGGGCCUCCUCUGGACGCAGUGACCCCCAGACUGUGCCGGACCCCUGAAGCAUUCCUCGGCCCCACCGCUGCCUCCCUCGUCAACCUGGACACGCUCAUUCCCACCAACCCGCCGGUCAAGAGCAAAAACCCCUUCCUGUCAGGUCUGAGCACACCGUCUCCCACAAACCCCUUCCACUGUGAGCAGCCCAGACUGACUUUGAAUCAGAUGCGUCCUCACUCCACGUCGCCGCUGCCGGCUCAUGCUCUGUCCUACAGCGCCUCCCUCCCUCUGCCCAUCCUGCAGCAGAAGCCCCAGACUCUGCCCUCGUCCUUCACACAGCCGCCCCACGGCCUGCUGGACCUGCCCAGCAACCUGCCACAGCCGCUGCUGCCCCUCACGCCCUCCACCCGACAAACACAGCACCCCGGCCAAAGCCACAACCCCUUCCUCUGAGGAACCGCACUUCCUCUGAAACCAUACUGAAACUUGAUUACAGCAAUUUGGUUUCAGUGUGAACUGACUGAAGAGCUGACUUAAAGCCAGAAGAAUGGGAAAUGGAGACUGAAACUGGAUUAUAGUGAUUCGGUUUCAGUGUGAACAGACUGAAGAGCUGAUAUAAAGCCAAAAAAGGGGAAACGGAGACUGGAACUGAUUUGGUGUUUGAUUUAAAGCCUAAAGAAUGAGAAAUGGAUACUUAAACGGGAUUACAGACUGAAAGUAGAUCAUAGUGAUUUGGUUUCAGAAUGAACAGGCUGAAGAGCUGAUUUAAAGGUGGGGUAAGUGAUUUCUAGUAGCCAAUGCUGAUAUUUGAAAUCACCAAAACAAACAUGCCCCUACCCCAAAAGGGUCCCUGUUUUGAUAGCUCCGGCCCCACACAUACAUACGAAACCCAGGAAACGAUUAGUUCUGUGAAACAAAGCAAAACCAAUGUUACUCACCUAUCGAGAAGAAACAAAGCAACCUCGGCGUCAGAUCGCAGGCCUUCCCGCUCCUUAGGUUCUCUCCAGCGCUGGAAAGCUGAUCUGAUAUUUACACGGGUCCUGCUUCUUGCCUUAUCAUCACACUGUGUCUACACCGGACGCGAGCGACAAGGCUCGACAAAAUACUAUAGAACUCAUGAUAAUCAGUGAUGCUGUCUACACUGGAUGGGACACGACAAAUCCCCGGCAGUAAACUGCUGCCACGAUCUGUUUAUGACACAUUGACACAAAUUUCGAAUGAUUUUCAACGGUCGCUUUAUCGCGUCCAGUGUAGACAGACUUUAGCUGUUGUGGCGCGGAGUCCGGUGUACACACAGUGUAAGCCUUCUUUUGUUCCACAGACGUUUUCCUCUUUUGUUUUUUAUCCGCCAUUUCUAUCUUUCUGUCGUCGCUCGGCUCAGCUAAUGUCCAUCAUGUGCACUGAGCGCUCUCUCCUCGCAUAAUGAGUAUACGCCCCUUACUGCUGAUUGGCUACAAGCUUGUUUUUGUACUGGGCCCGACUCAGUUUUCUAAAGCGUUUUUGAAAAAAACAUACCCCACCUUUAAAGCCUAAAGAAAGAGAAAUGGAUACUGAAACUGGAUUACAGCAAUUCUGUUUCAGUGUGAAUAGACCGAAGAGCUAAUCUAAAUGCAAAAGAAUGAGAAAUGGAGACUGAAACUAGAUUAUAGUGAUUUGGUUUCAGUGUAAAUAGACUGAAGAGCUGAUUUAAAGCCUAAAGAACGAGAAAUGGAGACUGAAACUGGAUUACAGCAAUUCGGUUUCAGUGUGAACAGACUGAAGAGCUGAUUUAAAGCCAAAAUAAUGGAAAACGGAGACUGGAACUGGAUUAUAGUGAUUCAGUUUCAGUGUGAAGGGACCGAAGAGCUGAUCUGAAGCCUAAAGAACAAUUCUGGACCUGUUUUUGAUGAAAGUACUUUUCCUAUACGAUGAUACACAUUUAAUGCUGGCUAACUUUAUUAUUUUAUGUGCGUGCGUCUAUAUUCUGCGUGAUAAUAGCUCAGCCUGGUUUAUCACAUUUAUAUCGAGCUUAAAGUCAACAUGAAAUCAAAACUGACUCUGUUUACUUUCCUAACACAAUCCUGGUAUUAUUGUGCACUUAUGUCAUCGAUGCAUGUUAUUUCAAAAACUUUCGGUCAUAAUCAAAAUACGAUAACAUGCUCUGACCCAAAACAUUUUUUUCAAUCUUUUAGAUGCCACAGACCCCAAAAAUAUAAUCAUCCUCAUGUAAGAGAACCCCAUUAUACAUUUUUAAAUACAGAGAUAUAUAAAAUAAUCUUAAAUGAUAGCCAAAUAGUUACCUGGGCAUUCUUAAGACUACUAAUGUAGGUAGUUUUUCUUUAAUAGUUAACAUAGUAACUUAAUGCUGGCUAGUAUAAUGCAAAUGACAGCAAUAAUAGCCAUUCUGGUAUGCAACGUCCACUUUCUACCAUCUACUCAAAUCCCGAUGGAUAAAAUCCAAUCUGAAUAUCCAGAAUUAGGGCACAUUAUGGGUCGUGAACGUCAUUUCAUGUUGACUUUAUGACGUUGGCUCGAUGCUUUGCUCUUCUGCUGCACAGGAUCAGCAUGCUGCUAAUGAACUUACGGAGGGGUUAAAUGUCAAUAAUUCAGUCAAAAACAACCUACACUGUCUAAACGGGGGUACAUUUCAGGAACACAACAGAACUAAUGAAUCUUCACCAGGAACAAACUCACCGUCCUCCCCUCGUUCCUCAAACAUCUCCCUCCUUGUUUCCUUUCUGUUGCCUUCAAUCGAUGGAUCUGAUGAGUGAUGAGAUCCGGCACUGAUUGUAACCGAGCUCCUCCACGUGCCUGUCUCACCGACAGUCCCACAAUGCACUGGGGCUGGCGCCUCACUUCCUGUUCGGAUCUCAGGUGCGGCGCCCACAGGAACCUGCAUAGCCAAUUAAAACUCACUGACACCGUCUGUCUGAAAGGGACGUGUUUUAUAAUCGCUACGGACUCGAUAUAAGUCAAUGCUGAAUUAUCUGAUGCUGUUAUUUCCUCCACUCAGAAAAGUGAUUGAAGAACAAGUACCAGCUUUACUGUUAAUCACUGCUAUUGAGUAUGCCAUCCAGUUUGUCCUAGUAAAGGAGAACCAGGUUAAUCGUUUAAUCUACUAUGAGUUAAAUGGUGUAUAUUAAAGGCACUAAUAAAUGAAUGUUAUUCACUUUUAUCACUAUUUUUCCCCUCAGCUCUCAUAUGUGCAUCAUGUGUCCAGCAGAUUGAUUAUGAUUGUGGGAAAAUGAAUUAUGAAUAUAGAUCAAUAUUUCAGUGAUGUACAAUUAAAUAAAGGAGU